UACUAUUUCGGGAGUUAAGAGUCUGACACAUGUUUCGUGGGAACUAAAAAGUCUUUGUCCCGGUGGAUUACCAAAUACCACACAAAAGGCACAAAGCAAUAAACAAGAAAAUUUAGACCAUGAUCUUUCUUUAAUCUUUAUGCACUGAAAACAUAGAAGUUUUUUUUUUUUUUUUUUUUUUUUCUGGGAGAGAGCAAACACACAAGAUUAAUUUGUAGGAACAGAAUAGAUGCUUGUAGUAACUAUAGCAGUGUCUGCCUAUUUUGCCCAAGUGAAAACAACUAAUUGGCUUGAAGUUGGAUCACGAUAAACUUUAUAUACCAGGACCGCAAUCCUGCAUCAGCUCAAAGAAAUAAGUAAUUAAAUAAAUACAUGUGAAGCUAGAAAGUCAAUUGCUAAUUUUCCCUUGGCGUCAUCAAAGUCCAAGUGAAAUUAUUUUGAUUUGAAUUGGUAAGCAAACAACUGCUGAUUAAAGCAUUUUCAAAUAUUAAAGUCUCUGCUCUAUUUUAGACUCAACAAUUUGAUCUGUAACCUUACCAGCAAAUUAGAAAUGGUUGUCCUCCUUCUUCUUCUCUUGUUUCACUUAGCCCCUUGUGCAACCUCAUUAAACUUCAAUUUCUCCACCUUCCCAAAUGGCAUCAACAACCUAUCUUUCGAGGGAGAUGCUUUCGUCGACGGUGCUUUCCUCCGACUCACCAAAAGCGCUGCUGACGACGUGCAAGACCAAAGUGUCGGUCGAGCCACCUACAGCCAACCCUUCCUCCUCCGCGACAACGCCACCGGAAAACUCGCGGACUUCACCACAAAUUUCACAUUCACCAUCAACUCGCUGGACAAAACACCCUAUGCAGAUGGCCUCGCCUUCUUUUUGGCGCCAAACGGGUCUGCACUCAACAGAACAAUAGGCAGAGGCGGCUCUCUUGGCCUCCCAACCAUAAACCCAGAAAAAAACGAGUCCACGAAUCUGUACCCGUUUGUGGCAGUGGAGUUUGACAUUUUUCAGAACGCCGUGACGUCUGUCCAAGAUCCCGCCGGCGAUCAUGUUGGUAUUGAUGUCAACUCUGUCAAGUCUAAGGUUACAAGGGCGUGGAAUGGUAGUAUUACACAGGGACGAGACAAUAAUGCUUGGAUUCGUUACGAUUCUGGAUCCAAAAAUCUUAGCGUUACAUUUACUACUUAUGAAAAUGGUGUCUGGGUUAGAAGGUAUUUUGAUUACAUGGUUGAUGUGAAUGAGAUUUUGCAGGGUUGGGUGAUUGUUGGGUUCUCUGCUGCAACAGGUGCUAUGACUGCUCUGCACAAGAUCAACUCAUGGAGUUUCAAUUCGACAUCGCUGAUUGAUGAGAAUGCGAAAAACAACACACCAGUAGCUCCUGAGCCGACCCCCAUUGUUGAACCCGAGUCAGGAAAUGGCAUCAACAUUGGACUUGUGGUUGGGCUGGUUGUUGGUGGGUGUGUUCUUUUGGUUGGUGGGUUUUGUUUGGUUUGGUUCAUUUUUUGGAAGAAGGGGGGAACAGGGGAAAGUAGCGACAAUGAUGAAGAUCCUAUGGUCAACGAUCCGAUUGAUGACGAAUUCGAAAAGGGGACAGGCCCAAAGAAGUUUUCGUACAAGAUAUUGGCUCAAUCGACAAAUGAUUUUGACGAGGGAGAGAAGCUUGGAGAGGGAGGGUUUGGUGGGGUUUACAGAGGCUUCGUAAAAGAUUUGAACUCAUAUGUUGCUGUUAAGAGGGUAUCAAGUGGGUCUAGACAGGGGCUGAAGGAGUACGCAGCAGAAGUAAGGAUCAUCAGUCGACUUAGGCAUCGAAAUCUGGUGCAACUCAUUGGUUGGUGCCACGAAAAGAGAGAACUCCUACUUGUUUACGAGUUCAUGUCCAAUGGAAGCUUAGAUUCCCAUUUGUUCAAAGGAAAAAGCUUGUUAGGUUGGGAGGCAAGGUACAGAAUUGCUCAAGGCUUGGCGUCCGGAUUGUUCUAUCUACACGAAGAAUGGGAACAAUGUGUGUUGCACAGAGAUAUCAAAUCCAGCAACAUUAUGUUGGAUUCGAAUUUCAACGCCAAACUGGGAGAUUUUGGGUUGGCUCGACUUGUUGACCACGGGAAACAAUCACAAACUACUGUUCUGGCUGGAACCAUGGGCUACAUGGCUCCUGAAUGUGUCACCACAGGAAAGGCUAGCAAGGAAACAGAUGUUUACAGUUUUGGAGUUGUUGCUUUGGAGAUAGCUUGUGGGAGAAAACCCAUUGAUCCCAAGUUGGGAACAAGUAAAAUCAACAUGGUAGAGUGGGUUUGGGAGCUUUAUGGACAAGGGAAAGUCAUUGAAGCAGCUGACCCAAAAUUGUGUGGAGAUUUUGAUGAGAAACAAAUAGAGUGCUUGUUGAUUGUUGGGUUGUGGUGUGCUCAUCCAGAUUACAAGAUCAGGCCUUCGACGCAACAAAUAAUUCAAGUGCUUAGCUUAGAAGUUGCGCCGCCUAUUCUUCCAUCAAAGAUGCCAAUAGCCAGCUACUUUUCUCCUCCAGUAUCAUUUUCAAUCUUGUCCGGUGAUGUUACUGGUUCUGAAAGAGGUCAAACAGAGUCUUUAAGUUAUGGUUACAACACCAAUUCAUCACAGUUCACCUCAUCUUCCGCUUCCAAUUCUUCUCCAUCAGCUUCACUUUUGUACACAAAUUAAAUUUAUACUUAAUAAUUGUGUUAUUCAAAUUUAUUUUUUUAUUUAUAUUUGUGUUUGAAUUCUUUAAGUAGAUAUGCACAUAAUUUAUCAAUUAUAUAUAGUAUAAUGAAGAGACGAUUUGCUCCUUUUUAUCAAGCCAUAUAUUUCAGGUUGGAUGCAUAUCUGUUUCUACUCUUGAGGUCUAUAAUUUAUCAAUUAUAUAUAAGGGGACUUCCAGAUUAGUUUA